AUGUCCCCACCUCGGAACGUCCGAGAAGUCCAAAGAUUGAAUGGACACCUGGCCGCGCUGAAUCGCUUCCUGUCCCAAUCCGCCGAGAAAGCUCUGCCCUUCUUCAAGGUGCUGAAAAAGGCUGACCAAUUUGCCUGGACUGAGAAGUGUCAGGCUGCCUUCGACCAGUUGAAGCGGUACUUGCAUCACCUACCCACUCUCGCUUCACCUCGGUCCGAGGAGAAACUCUACCUCUAUCUUUCCGCAGCCGACGAGGCUGUCAGUGCUGUUCUUAUCCGGGAUGAGGGCACCCAAGUGCCAGUCUACAACGUCAGCCGAGCUCUCCGAGGGCCGGAGACUCGAUACACUCAAGUGGAAAAACUGGUGCUGGGGCUAGUCCACGCAGCUCGGCGAUUGAAGCCUUACUUUCUAGGUCAUCCUAUCUCCGUCAGGACCGACCAACCCAUUCGGCAAAUAUUGGUGCGCCCCGAGUCUUCCGGUCGCCUCACCAAGUGGGCUGUCGAAUUGGGAGAGUAUGACCUGUCGUAUGAGCCCCGCACGGCCAUAAAAGCUCAAGCUCUGGCUGACUUCCUUGCUGAGCACACCUUCACGGAAGGUCCGGAGUCCACCUCAGCCUUAGCCGAGGUGCCCACCCCCUCCCUGUGGACAUUGUAUGUGGAUGGAUCCUCUAACGGAGACGGCAGGGGAGCCGGACUUCUCCUGGAAGGAUCUCAGGGAGAGGUGUGCUCCUACGCCCUUCGCUUUGGCUUCCCAACCACCAAUAAUGAAGCCGAGUACGAGGCCUUAAUUGCUGGACUCCAGCUGGCCCGAAGGCUCGGCGCCCAGCAAAUCCACGUCCGCAGUGACUCCCAACUUGUUGUGCGCCAAGUUCUUGGUGAGUAUGAGGCCAAGGAUGAGACCAUGCAACGAUACCUCUCCAAGGUUCACCAGCUCACCGCGUACUUCGAGUCUUUCGAAAUCCAAAGAAUACCCCGGUCCCAGAAUAAACGAGCCGACGCCUUGUCCCGGCUGGCUUCCACCUCAUUCUCUGACCUCAACAAAACAGUCUUGGUGGAAGUCCUGAGUGAACCAGGAUACAUGGAAGAGGUGGCCUGCCCCGUCCACUCCGAAGAUACUUGGAUGACCCCGUUCAUCCUCUUCCUGAGUCAGGGAACCCUUCCCGAAAACCGAGCCGAGGCGAGAAAGAUACAACGCAAGGCUGCUCGGUAUGCACUUCGUGAUGGGGAACUGUACAAGCGCUCCUACCUCGGCCCCUGGCUGAGGUGCGUCACCCCCGAGGUCGGACGUCAUAUCCUCCACGAGAUCCACGAAGGCCUGUGCAGAGCUCACGUCGGCCACAGGAUGUUAGCCAAGAAGACUAUACUCCUUGGAUACUUCUGGCCAUCACUUCGGCAAGACGCCUAG